GGGUCUAUCGCAUAUAAAACCCACCCCUUUUUUUUCUAGGGCUCCGUCUUCGUUUCAACCAACUCUGCACUUGUGCCGCUACUGCGAAGAAAACGAAGAUGAAGGCUGCUCUGUGUCUCCUGGUUGUGCUCACCAUCGCCGUCAUCGGCGCCCUGGCUACCUCUCAGCCAAACUGUGACGCUAGUGCCUGCGACCAGAGCAAGUGCCCAAACGCUGCCAGCUGCAAGUGCGGUACUUACAAGGACUCCUGCAACUGCUGCGAUGUCUGCUACAAGUGCCCCGGUGAGGCUUGCGUGCCAGUCUUCCAGGACAAGUGCUCCGGCAAGAACACCUGCCAGCUGGAGCCCGGCGCAGCCAUCCUGACCGGCGCCACCGGCAUCUGCGCCGAGAAGGCUCACGUCUUCAACAGCGAGAAGAGCCACCACGGCUGAGCGAGACGGCAUCUGCCCGCAGCUGUGAUUGGGGGUGGGGGGCAAGAGUGUAAGCCCCGGUCUAGUGUGAUAUACAACUUUCGUUUACUUUUUCUAAUCUAUUGCUUCACGAAACGCGUUUCAGGCAUUCGCCUUGUAAAAUAAAAAUUCCUUACGUCUUUCCA